GCUGAGCGCGGGGCGGGGCGGGGCGGGGCCGCCGGUGACAGCGCGGCCAUGCUGCGCAACGGGGCGGCGGGCGGCGGCGGGGCCGCGGCGGGCGGCGGCGGCCACCGGCCCGUGCGCGUCUGGUGCGACGGAUGCUAUGACAUGGUGCACUAUGGCCACUCGAACCAGCUGCGCCAGGCACGGGCCAUGGGCGAUUACCUGAUCGUUGGGGUCCAUACGGAUGAGGAGAUUGCCAAGCACAAGGGCCCCCCCGUCUUUACGCAGGAGGAGAGGUACAAAAUGGUGCAAGCCAUCAAGUGGGUGGAUGAGAUUGCUCCCGGAGCUCCCUAUGUCACCACGCUGGAAACCCUGGACAAGUACAGCUGUGACUUCUGUGUGCAUGGGGAUGACAUCACCUUAACUAUUGAUGGCAAGGACACCUAUGAGGAAGUGAAGACAGCAGGGCGAUACAGGGAAUGCAAACGUACCCAAGGUGUGUCCACCACCGACCUUGUUGGCCGCAUGCUGCUCAUGACUAAAGCUCACCACAGCAACAUAGAUGAGGACCUAGACUAUCGGAAGCACACUGACAACUUUGGGAAGGGGCCCAAAGGUCACAGUCCUUGGACUGGCGUCUCACAGUUCCUGCAGACGUCCCAGAAGAUCAUCCAGUUUGCCUCGGGAAAGGAGCCAGAGCCAGGAGACACCAUCAUCUACGUGGCUGGAGCCUUCGACCUGUUCCAUGUUGGGCAUGUAGAUUUCCUGGAGAAGGUUCACCAGCUGGCAGAGAAACCCUACAUCAUUGUUGGGCUGCACUUCGAUCAGGAGGUGAAUCGCUACAAAGGGAAGAACUAUCCCAUCAUGAACAUCCACGAGCGAACCCUCAGUGUCCUGGCCUGCAGGUACGUCUCGGAGGUGGUGAUUGGAGCUCCCUAUGCUGUCACUGCUGAUCUGUUAGAUCACUUCAGGGUAACACUUGUGUGUCAUGGGAUGACUGAGGUGGUGCCAGACAAGGACGGUUCUGAUCCCUACGAGGAACCGAAGCGACGCGGCAUUUUCCAGCUGGUGGACAGUGGCAGCAAUCUCACCACAGAUCUAAUUGUGCAAAGAAUCAUAAAGAACAGGCUGGAGUUUGAAGCUCGGAACCAGAAGAAGGAAGCGAAAGAGCUGGCUGUACUGGAGGCCAUGAGGAGGCUGGAGGAGGAGAAGCACUAGGCUGCAGAGUGUGGAUGUGUGGGCCACAGAGCGCUGCAGCCUCACCCUCUGCGGGAGCAACAGCUCUUCAGGAAGGGACCCCUGACGGGGGGCAGUGCUGCCAGCACGCAGGAUGUGCUGUCCUACCCUCUGCUGUCCUAGCUCCUCCUGCACUAAUUACGCAGACAUAAUGAGUUGGGAUCCCGCUGCCUAGUUUUAUCUCUGUUAAUCAGCCCCCGUUCCCUUUCCCAGAAGGAGAUUUGACAAAAAAAAAUUGUUUUAAUUAUAACUAAUGUUUUAACAUGUUGAUGUGCUUUUACCUUCUGCCAUUUCUGGCUCUUAGUAGGAGGGAAGUGGAGCAGCUGCCCAGGCCCCCUGCCCUGCCAGACUUGGCUGUCCUGACUGGGGUCUGCAUUCCAGAGCAGCCUCUUGGGCAAGGGUGGGAGCGGCUUGACAGACAGUGAGAGUGGCCUCGGGUUGGGGGGAUGUGGCCCCCACAGUUCCUCCUGCAGCUUUUGCUUAGAGCCAUCAGUGCUGCUGCUGGAGGUGCUUCUGGACUCUGGGGUCCACUGUGCUGCCUCUCCUCAGCUCCUGCCCCUGUGCAGACCCAGAGCUACUCUGGGUUGAGCUGGAUAAAGGCAGAUCAUUUGCUGCUUCAGUGACAGGCAGUGGGUGGUACCUGCUGAGGGGACAGGUGGUGCAGGGACCCUCAAUUGAGGCAUUUCUCCAUGUAAGGCAUGGGAACCCUGGGACCUUCUCCCAAAGGCUCUUCCAUUUGUGAGGCAGCAGGACCUGGUGCCUUGUGUGGACUGUGCUCAGAACCCCCCUUGUUGCUGCUGCCAGAAUCCACCUUGUGCCCAAGGGGUUACAUGAGGGUAGGACCUGGCCAGGUGAAGUUUUGGGGUUGUUUUCUGAGAGCUGAUGUGCAGCAUGUGUGCCCCUGUGUGGAGAUGCAGGGCCUGAGGAGGACGGGUGCUGGGCUGAGCCCCUUCUGCCUCUUACAUUCCAGGGUGCUGUGGUGGGUGUCCUGAGCUGCUCCCUGCGCUGGGCCAGACAGUCCUGCCAGGCUGGGUCUGGUGUCCUCACUGUUGUAAACUUUUGUUGCUGAUCAUUAAUAAAAUGUUGAAGAGUUG